AAGUUAGAAAGAAAGUUUAAUCUCAAUGAAAUGCACAAGCCUGGCGAUGUGGUACUGGGUGGGUUGUUUGAGGUCCAUUACACUUCUGUCUACCCAGAGAGAACAUUUACCUCAGAGCCUCAACAGCCUCACUGCACUGGCUUUGAUAUUGUAGGGUUCAGGAAUGCAAUGACUAUGGCAUUUGCUAUUGAAGAGAUCAACAAGAACUUAAAUUUGCUACCUAAUGUGACUCUUGGAUACAGUCUUUAUGACAACUGUGGUGCCCUUGUUGUUGCACUCAGCGGUGCCUUAUCACUAGCCAGUGGCCAGGAGGAGCAGUUUCUGCUUCAGGAGAACUGUUCAGGCAUCCCUCCAGUCCUUGGGAUUGUUGGUGAUCACUACUCAACAUUUUCUAUUGCUAUUUCCAGUGUGCUAAGUUUAUACAAUAUACCUAUUGUGAGUUAUUUUGCCACAUGCUCCUGCCUCAGUGAUCGUCAGCGUUUUCCAACUUUUUUCAGAACCAUCCCAAGUGAUGCUUUCCAGGUGCGUGCUAUGAUUCAGAUUCUAAAACACUUUGGCUGGACUUGGAUAGGUCUUCUAGUCAGUGAUGACGAUUACGGACUCCAUGUUGCCCAAUCAUUCCAAUCUGACCUGGCUAAGUCUGGUGACGGUUGUCUGGCUUACUUAGAGAUUUUGCCCUGGGACAGUGACCCAAGUGAACUGAAGAGGAUUGUACAUUUGAUAAAGACAUCAACAGCUCGUGUGGUGAUAGUGUUUGCACAUGAGAUACACUUGAUUCAACUAAUGGAAGAGGUAGCGAAGCAGAAUGUGAUAGGUCGCCAAUGGAUUGCAAGUGAAACAUGGACAACAGCGUCAGUGCUCCAAACAGCCCACCUCACGCCGUACCUGCGUGGCACAUUGGGCAUUGCCAUCCGCAGAGGUGAAAUACCAGGGCUGAGGGAAUUCCUGUUAAAAAUACACCCAGACCAAAGUGACAAUGGCAGAUACAACAAUAAUUUGGUAAAUCAGUUUUGGGAAUUCACAUUUCAGUGCAGAUUUGCACCAGCUCCAGCAGGCUGGCUGGAAGCUGGAGGAGCACUAUGCACUGGGCAGGAGCAUAUUGAAAAUGUGGAGACUGAGUUUCUUGAUCUCUCUAAUCUCAGGCCUGACUACAAUGUAUACAAGGCCGUGUAUUCUCUUGCAUAUGCUCUUAAUGACAUGUUGCAUUGCAAACCAGGGAGAGGACCCUUCAGAGGGCACAGCUGUGCUACUUUGCAAACAAUGGAGCCAUGGCAGCUCAUACAUUAUCUACAAAAUGUCAACUUCACCACUCCAUUUGGUGAUCAAGUAUCUUUUGAUGAAAACGGUGAUGCAUUGCCAGUAUAUGAUGUCAUGAACUGGUUACACCUCCCUGAUGGACAAAUUAAAGUUCAGAAUGUUGGUGAGGUUAAAAGGUCAGGCUUUAAAAGUGAAGAACUCACCAUUGAUGAAGACAAAAUCUUCUGGAAUUUUGAAUCAGGAAAGCCACCCCAAUCAGUGUGUAGUGAGAGCUGUCCUCCAGGGACCCGGAUGGCUAGAAACAAAGGACAACCAGAGUGCUGUUUUAGUUGCAUUCCAUGUUCAAAGGGAAAAAUCAGCAAAAACAACAAUUCCUUAGAGUGCACCAGUUGUCCAGAGGAUUUUUGGUCAAACCCUCAGAAUGACCACUGUGUUCCUAAGAAGACAGAGUUCCUCUCCUACCAUGAGCCUCUGGGUAUUUGUUUGACAACUGCCUCUUUGUUGGGCACAUUUAUCUGUGCAGUUGUUUUAGGGAUCUUUUUCUAUCAUCGACGUACACCCAUGGUACGUGCAAACAAUUCAGAGCUGAGCUUCUUGCUAUUAGUAUCACUGAAACUAUGCUUCCUGUGUUCACUGUUAUUCAUCGGAAGACCCAGGGUAUGGACAUGCCAGCUGAGACAUGCAGCAUUUGGCAUCAGUUUUGUGCUUUGCGUCUCAUGUAUCCUGGUGAAAACCAUGGUUGUUCUGGCUGUGUUCAAAGCCUCCAAGCCAGGAGGGGGAACCAUUCUUAAGUGGUUUGGGUCGAUGCAACAGAGGGGGACAGUUCUGGCUCUUACUUGUAUUCAGGCAGGAAUCUGUACUGCCUGGCUUGUCUCUUCCUCUCCAGCUCCACAUAAAAACAUGCAAUACCACAAUGACAAGAUAGUGUAUGAGUGUGCAGUUGGGUCAACUGUUGGCUUUGCAGUGUUACUGGGUUAUAUUGGUGUGCUGGCUGUCCUUAGCUUUCUGCUAGCAUUUCUAGCUAGGAAUCUUCCAGAUAAUUUCAAUGAGGCCCGACUCAUUACUUUCAGCAUGCUAAGUUUCUGUGCUGUGUGGGUGGCCUUUGUCCCUGCUUAUGUCAACUCUCCAGGUAAAUAUGCAGAUGCAGUGGAGGUAUUUGCCAUUUUGGCUUCAAGUUUUGGCCUUUUGGUGGCCCUGUUUGGACCCAAAUGUUACAUAAUUCUGCUGAAACCAGAGAGAAACACAAAGAAGGCAAUCAUGGGUCGGCUCACUACAAAGGAAUAG